AUAUUUAAUUUACAGAGAUGACACAGGCUGUGGGCAAGGGCCCCCUCAAAGAAGCCCUUCCUCUGUCUCAGGUGUCACUCCUUGCUAAGGCAAACGCCUCUUUAUCUCCUCUUAUUACUCUUCUGCCCACUAAAUGUAGCCCCCACCCCCAGUUCUAUUUUAAGGCCUCUUUUCUCGGUGAGCAGCUCCCAACUUUUCCAGGCCUGUUCAAACCCCUCUCCUGGCUGUUUAGGGGAAUUUGGUCGUUCUUUAUUGAGCAUUCACCCAGUGAGAUGAACACUGGCAGGCACUGGGGAUGCAGAGAUGAAGAGCCACCCACCCACCGCAACUAUGCAGAGCUGUAGAUGAUGCCUUGAAGUAAAGAGCAUUGUAUCUUCCUGCAGGUCCACAAGUGCAUGAUCCAGGCUUGAGGGUGGAAAGGAAACAGUACAUACCUACCGUUCAAAUAUACUUUGCUAAAGUAUACUUUUGUUUUUCCAUAAAUGUACAAACUUUAUUCUUUUUAAAGACGUAUGUCAUAGUAUUCCUGUGUUUGUAUAUUUCACCAGGUUUCUGUCAAUGGACAGUUUUAUUUUUUUGCUGUUAAAAACUGCUGCAGCGAUCGUCCCUGUUACAUGUAUCUUUGCUUACAACUGCAAGUAUUUCUGCAGUAUGAAUUCCUGGAAGUGUUACUGUUGAGUCAAGGGCGUAUGCAUGUUUUUGCCAAAUCACCUUCCGCAAUGGUUGAACCUGGUGCAUUCAAACCAGGUGGUGGGUGGAAAACGGCGGGUCCGGAGCAGCCCCGGCCUCCGAGCGGCAGGCGGCGCUGUGGGCGCGUCUCCGGGGAAGCGGCGGAGGCCGCGCCGACCGCCUUCCGGUGACUUCCGGUGCGGCGGCGCGCAGCGGGCUGACACGGGAGCUUAGCCGGGCGCGAUGCCGUACGCCAAUCAGCCCACCGUGCGAAUCACGGAGCUCACCGACGAGAAUGUCAAGUUCAUCAUCGAGAAUACGGACCUGGCGGUGGCCAAUUCUAUUCGGAGGGUCUUCAUCGCUGAGGUGCCCAUAAUCGCCAUUGACUGGGUUCAGAUUGAUGCCAAUUCUUCAGUCCUUCAUGACGAGUUCAUCGCGCACAGGCUUGGGUUAAUCCCCCUCACUAGUGACGACAUCGUGGAUAAGCUGCAGUACUCCCGGGACUGCACAUGUGAAGAGUUCUGCCCCGAGUGCUCCGUGGAGUUCACUCUCGACGUGCGGUGCAACGAAGACCAAACUCGUCAUGUCACGUCUCGAGACCUCAUCUCCAACAGCCCCCGUGUCAUUCCAGUGACAUCCCGGAACCGAGAUAAUGACCCCAAUGACUAUGUGGAACAGGAUGACAUCCUCAUCGUCAAGCUGAGAAAGGGCCAGGAGCUGAGACUUCGAGCCUAUGCCAAAAAGGGCUUUGGCAAAGAGCAUGCCAAGUGGAACCCAACUGCGGGGGUGGCUUUUGAAUACGAUCCCGACAAUGCCCUAAGGCACACAGUGUACCCCAAGCCAGAGGAAUGGCCAAAGAGUGAGUACUCAGAGCUGGAUGAGGAUGAGUCACAGGCUCCCUACGACCCCAACGGCAAGCCAGAGAGGUUUUACUACAAUGUGGAGUCGUGUGGCUCUCUGCGCCCUGAGACCAUCGUCCUCUCAGCGCUCUCUGGGUUGAAGAAGAAGCUGAGUGAUUUACAGACCCAGUUAAGCCACGAGAUCCAGAGUGACGUCCUCACCAUAAACUAGCUGCAGCUCGCCUGUUCGAGCAAAAGGGAGACCCGAGCCAGCAGCGGGCUUUGGGGGCUCUCCCGAGACUCUUCUAGCUCCUGGGGUCUGGACAGCUGUUGUUGCUCCAGCUCCUUGGCAAGCCAUCAGUACCAACUAGAAAGGUAGCAGUGGGGAAGGAUAGGCCCAUCCCUCCUUGCACGGUCAUAGGUAGGUUAUCAGGGGUGCCAGUGGUAUUUGAGGCCAGGCAGCUUUCACUGGACACGUAGCACCCUGGCCCUGCUUUGUAAUUGCCAGUGGCACUCCCCAGGACAUCCCUUUCCCCCAUUUCGUAAUCUGCUUGUAGGGGCCAUACUGCUUCCCUGGUAAGCACUACCAAGGUGGGCUCUCCUCUUUUGGUCAUUUCACUUUUACUUUCUGUCGAAAAGUUGGAAUUUUCCGUUAUACCCUAGGCUUAGGGUGUUGGGAUUGAGUGCUAGGACCCUCAUUCAGGCUGCUUACAAACCCAGUCCCUGCCCAGGGCCAGCCUACUGACACUUGAUUCAGAUUCCCAAGUGUCCCUAAUUUGAGAACAGUGCUAGAUCCUGGUUGCCCCCCAUAAACCCCGUAUUUCAGUCUUUACCCUUCAGUAUGACGUUACUGCCAGUGGCCCCCAAUUACUGAGUUUACGGUGGGAAGAGGGUGGACCAGGGCCGUAAUGAAGGUCUGGCCUUGACCCCUUAGUUUUCUAGAUAGGAACAUACUCAAAGCAGGUAAUUAGGCAGCCUGGCAGGAGGGACCUGGAGAAAACCAGAGAUCCAGUACAGAAAGGAAGGGAUAUUUAUUGAUUAACAGUAGUUGUCUUUUUAAAAGUUUUUAUUUUUGGCAAUAAAGAGCACAACAUAAUCUC